AUGGAUCCUGACUCUGCUAUUGAACUGUUGUUGAAACUUCAACAAAUGGUGGAAUCUUCUGUCUCUAAACUUUUGACGUUCGUCAACGCUGAAUGGCGGUCUUACGUUUCCAUGGAAAGGCAUAUUAAUGAAAUACAUUCUGCUGUAGACAAAGUAAAGCAGUCCCUAUUUGAGUUUCUCCAGUUUUCAAAAGGGGCUACAAUCAAUGCAUCUUGUGUGUCAGAGCCUGGGCUUUAUAAUAAAAUGAAAAGAGAGUUACAGAGACUAGAGGACUCUCACCAGAUCUUAACACAAACCAGUCAAGAACUCAAUCACUGCAACUGGUCGCUCAAUGUUCUUUCUUUCAAUAAAACUGCCAACAAAUGUGACAGCCUUGAAAGGUAUAUCAUGGUUGCUAGGACAAUUGUGGACGAUGCAAAGCAGCUAACAACAACAAUUAGUAUUAAUACUGUGCAUUUAUUUAAGCAUGCUCCCGCUAAUGUGCAAAAAAGAAGACCUUCGGAGGUAAUCGGCAGCGUUUCUGAAAUGAUGUACAGUGACUCAAAACCUCAUAUUAUACAAGAUGACAACAAAAAGUCUUUUCCACAUUUGGGGAAAGAGCAGAACCCUAAUUUCAUGAGUCGGGAUAGCCCAAUGAGAAGCUGGAUGGAUGACUAUGAUUAUGUCCACCUACAGGGAAAGAAGAAUUUGAACGUCACCAGAGAGAGCUUUUAGAAAAGGAAAAUAUUAUCAAGCACGGAAAACCACAACUGGAACAACAUCAGCUGAGUCAGUUCCAGCAGCUGGAGCAAGAGAUUACCACACCGAUGGAAAAUGAUAUCUCAAAGUGGAAGUCACCUCAAAGUGCCCCGGCUGGAAACAGUACCCUGACUCCUCAAGAUAAGCAGCUGCUGUCCUUCUACUCUGACCAAUGUGAGAGACUCUUCAUCUCCCUCCUCAACUCCAUCGACGCCUUCUUCAACUGCAUGAGCACGUCACAGCCCCCCAGGAUUUUUGUUGCUCACAGCAAGUUUGUCAUCCUGAGCGCCCACAAACUGGUAUUUAUUGGCGACACUCUGUCAAGACAAGUAUCCACAAAGGAAAUCUGCAACAGACUGAUGAAUUCAAGCAACCAGUUGUGUGAACUGCUUAAAAGUAUUGUGAUGGCCACAAAGAUGGCCGCUUUGAACUAUCCAAGUUCUGCUUCAUUGCAGGAAAUGGUGGACCGCGUGACAGAACUUUCCAACCAGGCGCAGCUUUUUAAACUUUCUUUAGCUCAGAUGGCAUCCUUAUGA